AUGGAAUCUACGACAACUAUAAAUGGUCUUGAUCAUGAAAUUGAAUCAUCUGAUAAUACUUCAAUAAGAAAUCAUAAUGAUGAAAUAUCAAAUGAAAAUAUUCAUUCAUAUGAUAAUCAUGAAAUUCAAUCAACAAUAAAAUUAGAUAAUGAUGCUGAAUUAAUAUUAAAACUUGAUAAUUUAUUACUUGAUGAUCAAAAUGAUUCUGAAAUAUAUUUUCAUUCAUAUCAAUCAGAAAAUGAAAUGUCAUCUAUAAUGUCUUUAAUAAGUGGUACAUUAUCUGAACCUUAUUCUAUAUAUACAUAUCGUUAUUUUAUUCAUAAUUGGCCUGAUUUAUGUUUUUUAUGUUCAAAUCGAAAAACAAAUGAAUUAAUUGGUGCUAUUGUAUCAAAAUUAGAUUUACAUAAAAAAAUUUUACGUCGUGGUUAUAUAGCUAUGUUAGCUAUUAAUGAAGAAUAUCGACGAAAAAAAAUUGCGUCAAAACUUGUUCUUAUGAGUAUAAGAGAAAUGAUAAAACGUGGUUGUGAUGAAAUUGUACUUGAAGCUGAAGUAACAAAUGAUGCUGCACUAAAUCUUUAUGAAAAUUUAGGAUUUUUACGUGAAAAACGUUUAUAUCGAUAUUAUUUAAAUGGUGUUGAUGCUUAUAGAUUAAAACUUUGGUUAAAAUAA